AUGGGUGCCGUGGGCAGGGGGACAGGGGCGCGUUUGGGUAAGGGGUUCAGAACUUGGAGUGUGACCUACCUGGGUUCGAACGGAGCUCUGCUACUCGGUGGCUGCGACACUCCCACACACGUCCCUUCGGACCCUCGGUUUCCUUCUCUGUCCGCCCGCGGCGGUGCGAGGCGUCGAAGCGCCGCUCUUCACACCUGCGGCGCGGCGCACAGGAAGCUCCGAGGCCGGAAUGGGCGCCGCGUCGGCGCCCCGUCGGCGCCCCCUGUCGCACGGGGUGAGACGGGGCGGCGGGGCGGCCUCCGUCGGAGGCCCGCGGGGCGCACGCCGGCGUCGGGACGGCUCCCGACCAGCACGUGGCACGUUGUGUUUGCAGAAAGAAGAGCCCAGCAGCAAAAGGCUGAGGGUCGGGGCGCCCAGUUGUGGGAUCCAGCAAAGAAUGAAAAAUCGCAAGAACUUUUCCUGCAAGAGGUACGAAUGGGAGAACUUUGGUUAUCCAGAGGAGAGCAUCGAAUGGGGGUUGAACAUCUCAGCAAUGCCCUUUUGGUGUGUGGGCAACCGCGGGAACUUCUGAAAGUUUUCAAACAUACACUUCCUCCCAAGGUAUUUGAGAUGCUGUUGCACAGAAUUCCCCGUAUUUGCCAGCAAUUUGAGGCAGACAUGAAUGAACAGGAAUACUUGGAGGAUGAUCCUGAUUGA